AUGGGUGGAUUACGAUCGACCACGUCAGCCAACUUACUGUUUCCGGCGGAGGAACUUUCGACGGCCAAGGCAAGCUCUCCUGGAACCUUGAUCAAUGUAAGAAGAAGUUUAACUGCUCAUUUCCUGCGAACAAUAAAAAAAACCUGUUAUUAUCUGAAACAGAAUGUGAGGUUCAACUUCGUUGACAACUCAACCGUGAGCCACAUAAGGUCCCUGAACAGUAAGAACAUCCAUAUCACCGUCCUGGGUUGCAACAACUUUAUCUUCCAAAACAUCUACGUCAUCGCGCCGGGGACGAGCUUUAACACCGACGGCAUCCACAUGGUUCAGAGCUACAACGUUUCCGUCCUUGAUUCCACCAUCAUGACCGGCGAUGACUGCAUUUCCGUGGUUGACGGCACCCGUAAUGCCACAGUUGAGCGAGUGAACUGCGGACCUGGCCACGGCAUCAGCAUCGGCAGCCUCGGCAGGACCCAAAAUGAGCAACCCGUCGUCGGAUUCACCGUCAAGAAUUGCACCUUCACCGGAACGCUAAACGGCGUCCGAAUCAAAACCUUGCCGACACCCAAGACCGGCGUCGUCACCGAUAUCCACUAUGAAGAUCUUAUUAUGAAUGACGUUUCGAAUCCAAUUCUCAUUGAUCAGGAGUACUGCCCUCUCAACCUAUGCGACCGUUCGACUCCUUCCAGAAUUAAGAUAAGCAAUGUGAGGAUCAAGAACGUCACAGGAACUUCCGCGACUCAGGUUGCUGUGAAGAUCUCAUGUAGCAAAGCCUCCCCCUGCGAAGACGUGGAGAUUGGGGACAUUAACCUCACCUACUCGGGCCCCGGAGGUCGCGCCACCAGCGAGUGCGCCAAUGUCCAGCCAAAAUUUUCGGGCAAGCAGAAUCCACCAGUGUGCGCCGCUCGCACUGUGUCUUCUUAG